CGUGCGUUACGACAGGAGCAGCAUUACUUCGUGUCAUAACCAUCUCCGAUUAAGAGUGUUCCAGACCACCAACUUUUACAGAUACAGUAGCCUGCCAUCUGCUAAGGUCAAAAUGGCUCAGAAUUCAUCAGACAUCGAACUCGUCAUGUUGACGAUUGAUGAUUAUGAAGAAGUGGUGCAGUUGUAUGGCGAACAAUAUCUGAAGAGGAAUCCUCUUGCUAAAGUCUGUAAGGAGACAACUCUGAAGGAUCAAGGAGAAAGUCAGGUGAAAGACAUUAAGAGGACCUUAGAUUCAGGACUCUCUAUUGGGGUGAGAGACAAGACAACAAAGGUUCUCGUGGGCUUGCGACUCUCGGCAAUUUUCCAUGUAGAUAAGACUUCUACAUGCUAUGUUGGUGAUGAGAAUGAGCCGAGCAAGACAUACCGGGUGCUGGCCCGGUACUCUCCCUUCGGUAAAGAGAUUAAGGACCUGGGCGUCACAACAGUCCUCGAAUUGUAUGCUGUCUGUGUCCAUAAAGACUAUUGUCGUCGCGGCAUCGCUGCCAUGAUCAUCAAGAAAACGCUGGAGCUUGGGGUGGAACGAGGCUGCCAGUUAGCAGCAGUUCAGAUCGCUAAUAGCUUGUCGGAGAAGAUCUACAAUCGCUUGAAUUUUCAGACAAUAAAGAUCCUAGACCUAGACACUGUGGCUGAUGAAUUUGGCCUUGACACCUCGAUCAUACCUGGGGAAACAAUAUUGAAGCUAAUGGUCAAACGUCUCCCCAGCAAGACGACUUCAAACCCUCCUUAAUAAGAUGUUUCAUACACACACACACACACACACACACUUCAGUUUUUUGUUGAACUGGGUGUUGACAGUGUUGAGAGGAUUAU